AUGGUCUUUCCAUUUGACCUCCAACACCGCCGAGACUGUCAAUCCAAGCAGGCUCAGCGGUCCCACAGGAUUCGUUCCUUGACGGCCUACCACGGACCAUUUUCUGCACUGGAACGGGAGAUUCUGCAGAAGCCAAUCCAAGAGCUUGUCCAGGAUGUCCAGAAGAGUGCUACCCAGCCCAUCGACGUUCUCAAGACGUACGGAAAGGUGGCCUUGAAAGCCCAUGAGAGCACCAACUGCUUGACCGAGGUCAUGCUGGAGUCAGCCGAGGGUUGGCUCAAGGAAGGAUCUAUCAACCUGAAGGGUCCCCUCGCUGGUAUCCCCGUCUCCCUCAAGGACAGCCUGCAUGUCGCUGGGUACGACUCGUGCAUCGGCUAUUCCAUGCACACCAACAAGCCGUCUGUCGAGGAUGGUCCCGUCGUGCGUCUGCUGAAGGACGCCGGUGCCGUGCCCUACGUCAAGACCAACCUUCCCAUCACCCUCCUCUCCUUCGAAUCCACCAAUGACGUCUGGGGACGCACCACCAACCCGCACAACAGCAAGUACAGCCCCGGUGGUUCAACAGGCGGUGAGUCUGCUCUCCUUGCUUUUGGCGGCAGGAUCGGUAUCGGCUCCGAUGUUGCGGGGAGCGUCCGGGUCCCUGCCCACUUCUCCGGCUGCUACUCCCUGCGAUGUUCCACCGGCCGCUGGCCCAAGAUGGGCAUCACGACCAGCAUGCCCGGCCAGGAGGGCAUCCCCAGCGUCUUCAGCCCCAUGGCCCGCACCCUGAACGACCUGACCUACUUUACCCGCUCCAUUGUUGAGAUGAAGCCGUGGAACUACGACUACACCGUCCACCCGAUUCCCUGGCGGCACGACGUCGAGAAGGAGUUUCUCGAGAAGAAGAAGCUCCGCGUCGGCAUCAUGCGCACAGACGGCGUCGUCGACCCCAGCCCGGCAUGCCUCCGCGCCGUCGAGAUGGUCGAGGACGCCCUCCGCCGCGAGGGCCACGAGAUUGUCGAAGUUGACCUGCCCCACCUCCGCGAGAUCCUGCGCGUCGCGUCCCUGGCCCUCAACUCGGACGGGUGCCUCACCUACGGCUCCUUCCUCCGCCCGGGCGAGUGGGUCGACGCCGGCGCCGCCCAGCUCAGCUACCUCGCCAGCAUGUGGCGCCCCACGCGGUACCUCUACUACCUGUGGGCCAAGUACGUGCGGCGUGACGCCCUGUGGGCGGACCUCGUGCGCGACUUUCGCCCGCAGAGCGCGUUCGAGGCGUGGAAGCUCGUGUCGCAGCGGGAGAAGAUCCGGCUGGCCUGGUUCGACUGGUGGGAGGCGGCCAAGGUGGACUUUUUGGUGACACCACCAAAUGCGACGCCGGCGGUGCCGCAUGACGGCAUGGGAGAGGCCGUCAGCAGCUGCGGAUACACGUUCAUGUUCAACCUUCUCGAUUACUCUGCCGGUGUGGUGCCCGUGACUCACGUUGACAAGAACCUGGAUCAGCUACCCAAGGAUUUCAAGCUCGGCAGGCUGAACGGCGUGGCAAGGGGAGCGUACAAGCUGUACGAUGCGACUGCCAUGCAUGGACUGCCUGUGGGUGUGCAGGUCGUGGGACGCCGCCUGGAGGAGGAGAAGGUGCUCUCCCUCAUGCGGAGGGUAGAGGAUGCCCUGGGCGACGACAAGUACGAGCUGCUUGCAAUUGACUGA